AUGACAGAGUUCUUGUCGGCCAUAGGAGUGGGCGAUGAGUGGGGUGUCGUCGAUGUGAUUGGUUUGGACGAAGAGUUGCUUCAAUUCAUGCCAUCACCGGUACUGUCACUCAUCCUCCUGUUUCCAGUCAAUGAAGACGACAACCAAUCGACUGAACCCACGAACCAAGAGGUGACUGACGACAAGGAGAGUGCCGUGUAUUUCAUGAGACAGACCAUUAACAACGCGUGCGGAACCAUUGCUCUGAUCCAUGCGGUGGCCAACAAUUGUCAUCGAAUCCAAUUGAAAGACAAGUCGAGUCUCAAGACAUUCCUCGACUCGAGUCGAGACCUAAAGCCUGAAGAGAGGGGACGACUACUGGAGGCGAACGCAGAUAUCUGUAACGCUCACCACACGUACGCCAAAGAGGGCCAGACAUCGGCACCGGCGGCUGACUCACACAUUAACAACCAUUUCGUGGCUUUGGUUCAGAGCAAUGGCUUUCUGUACGAAUUGGACGGACGCCGAUCUCAUCCGUUAAAUCACGGAAAGACAUCAGAAGACACUUUCCUGUCAGACGCGGCCCAA